AUGAUCAAUACAAUGAUGGUGACGUGGGCCGUAGCGCUCUGUAGCUUAAUGGCGUUGGAAGAGGCUGCAUCUGCACUGCCAAGUAGCAGCGGUAGCAGCAGUAAUAUUGGUAGCAGUAGUAGCAGCAGCAGCAGCAGUAGCAGCAGCUUCCCUGUAUUCGGUACUAAGCGAUACGCUCGUUCCAAUCUCCUUCCCUCGAGCGAAUACAGUGGACAGGGUCUAUCGCUUCCGGUGUAUCGCUUGCCAAACGCACGGUACUACGACGCCCCAGUACAACCACAGUACUUUCCGUUUGCACCGUAUCAACCACCAUCCAGCAACGAUUACUAUGACGAUGCCGGAUAUUACGGAGACAGUGGUAAGAGCUACUACUAUCUGCCACAACCAGCACAACACCGUCGGUAUCAGCGCAACAACGAGCGUUACACCUCUUACGGAUUGCCAACGUAUCGUGGCGAGUAUAAGCCGACGCCUUACUACUACGCACACGGACCCAGCUACAGCUACUCCGAUGAUCACGAGUCAAGCAAUCCGCUAGAUGAUUUGCACGAGGAAAUGCUGCAGGAAGAUGAGCGCGAGCGUGCACGUGAUUACUACCCCGUCGGACAGGAGCAAUGGUACGAAAGUCCUUCGAGACCAGAUUCAGCAUUCCUGCGAAACUUGAUCCUGUACAACAGCCAGCUACAGAACUACGGACGUGGACGACAAAUGCCACCAAUGGACGUGUCCAACGAGGAAGACUUUGAGGAGUACGAUGAUGCUGAACCCGAUUACGAGUACGAUGUUCCGAUUGCUGAUGCUCGUCCAAGCUAUGGUAACUUCUUCGGAAAUGGCUACCGACCGGAGAGUUUGCCCUCCUUUGGACCAAGUGGAGCAGGGUCCACCGGUAGCAGUCGGAACACAUUUAGCAAACUGAAUAGUUUCCGUAACAGUAUGGCGAAGAAUCAAAUCGAUGAGGAUGAUGAGGAAGUGCAGGAGCUGAAAUCGCUUAUCCACCAGCAAAAGAAUAGCCAACGGUUACCUCCGAUGCUGAUGGACAAGAUGGCCCCAUUCGUGCUGAAGCAGCAACAGUAUCCGGCAGCUGUCCAGAAACCGGUACAGCAUCAACCACCGCAACCGUCAUCCCAACAGCAGCAGCAAGUACACCAGCGACAAUCGAAACAACAGUUCCAGCAACUUCAACCACAGCAACAAGUACAACAGCGCCAAAAGGAGCUACAGCAGCAACAACAACAACUAAUGCUUCAGCAGCAACAGCAGCAGCAGCAAGAACUGGAAGCCCAACAGCAACUGCAGAAGGAACAGAAGCAGCAGCAACUGCUCCGAACACUUUCCUCCGACUAUCAACCGACGUACGAGGCGGACAACUGGCAGAAGGACAGCCCGAGCUACAAUGCGUACGAUUACGAUGCGGACGAGUAUGACGAUUCCUGGAGCCAUUGGGAUCGCAAACGCAACGUGCAGCCAAAGAAGGCUACCUUCUCGUCCACUGCUACCACGACCACCAAAACGACGACAACAACGACGAAAAAACCGAAGAUGGUUAGCACAACGGUAGCACCGAUGGCAACGAAGUCUACCACCGCCUCGGCAUCGAAGGCGGGCAAUGGACAGAAGGAGGUAGUACUGCCGAGACCUACCAAUCCGAGGAAUCUAUUCGCAGCGAACCUGAUCCAUGCGGUGGAUGAGACGCGGAUGCAGUUGGGCACGCAGAACACUGACGAUGGAUCCAAGCACAAAGAUCCCAAGUCUAGCAAGAUCUAUGAUGCGAUCCGAGCUAUGAUGAACAUGAAGCAAGAUCUUGAGGGUGCUGAUCUUCGCCAGCAGCUCGAACAUCAGAAGCAGCUAGCACACAUCCACAAGCGAUUCGUUUCGAACGAAGAAUCGCUCGUACAGCAGCUGGACGGAUUGAAGCGAUCGGCUUAA